UUUUAUAUGAUUUUUAAAAGAAAUUUUUUUGUAUUUAUUCUCUUAUUGCCCUCUCUUUAGAUGAGGGAGGUAUAGGAUACAGUUUUGAGCAAAGUUUUCAAAAUCUCAGGUACAGUUCUAGUUGACAUCAUAACGAUUGCAUCUAUUGUCUUAUUGUCCUCUCUUUAGAGACUGCACUGACUACAUUUUUGUAGGAAAAAAAAUCAUGGAGUGAUAAAUAGAGAGUGUGAUAUUAUUUUCACAAUUUGAGAGAGGAUUCGAUCGUGACAUUCAAAAUUUCGAACAUCACAUAUUUUAGCUACAUUUGCAUGUGACUGAAUAUAUUUGAACGUUUUGUUUUUCAUUUUAAAACAGAAACCUUCAAAAAAAUUAAGACGGUCUUGGUAUAAUUACAUGAACACUUUGUAGUGUAAAUCACUAUUCUUAAAUUAAUAAAUAGACGGUCCAAAAUCAAUCAAUGUGGUCACUGUCCACACAUUUUAAAUUCAACGAAUGGCAACAUAAACAAUCUCAUGGCCUUAUAAAUACAACACCUUUGGGGCAUUCUUACUCCAGAUCCAAACACAAGUAUUACUCAUAUAUACAAACUCAUAAACCUGAGCUCUAAAGUCCUUCGAAACAAGAAGGAAACAUGAAGCUAUUCGCUCUCAUUUUGAGAACUAUUAUCAUAUCGAUAAUAUUUGAUCAAGCACCGAUCACCACUGAAGCAAGAAAGUUGAGGAAAACAACCGGCCAAGAUCAUUUCAAAGCUGGAUCUACAGAUGAGUUUGUGCCUUCUUCUCCAGGAAACAGUCCUGGCAUGGGACAUAAAAGAGGUAAUGCAAAUGUCGAAGGGUUCCAAGAUGACUUCAAGCCCACGGAAGGAAAAAAAGUUCACAAAACCAGUGGUCAAGAUCAUUUCAAAACCGGAGUUACGGACGAUUUCGCGCCUACUUCUCCAGGAAACAGUCCCGGGAUAGGGCAUAAGAAAGGACAUGCAAAUGUUAAAGGGGUUGAAGAUAACUUCAAGCCUACGCAAGGAAGAAUGCUGCAGAAAACGAACGGUCAGUCUCAUUUCAAAACCGGAUUGACUGACGAUUUUGCACCUACUUCUCCGGGACACAGUCCUGGGAUGGGCCACAAGAAAGGGAGUGCAAAUGUUGAAGGGCUUAAAGAUAACUUUGAGCCCACGGAAGAAAGAAAAUCGACAAAAAUGGACGGUCAAGAUCAUUUUAAAACCGGAACUACGGAGGACUUCGCACCUACUACUCCAGGAAACAGUCCCGGUAUGGGUCAUAAGAAAGGAGAUGACUUCAAGCCUACGACACCAGGACAUAGCCCCGGAGUUGGUCAUGCCGUCGAGAACGAUGAGCCUAAAACUUAAUAGCUGCUAGCUUCAUUUAAUACAUUACACUACUAUAUGCAUUUUUGAAAUUAUUUUAUAAUAUAUACACAUUUGUAAUAUUUAAUGAUGGAUUCAUAAUUCCAAAUCAAGAAUAAACUAGGGAUAAUUUUUGUUUCGACUUAUCAAUAAUAAAAAUGUUUUGUAACAUCCGAAACUCUUGAUGUUGUUGUAUGAGUUUGUAUGUUGA